UGUGCUAGGAAGGAAGAAGGCAUGUCAGUCAAUCCAACUUUCAAUGUGUCAGUUAUAUUUGGUAAACCAGAUGAGCCGAUGCUGGUAGCAUGCGCACGCCAACUGAUCGAGCACAUAAUUAGCUGUGGUUCAUCUAGGCCGUUGGUGCUCUCUCUCGGUCUCAAGGACCACUCUCUGGAGACACUGAAAGGCAUUGUUUCUGUUGUCAUCGAGAAUCGCCUUUGGUAAGAUCUACAUCGCGGUCAUUUUGAUAAUUUUAGGAACUGAUUUUGUAGUUAGCCCGACUGUAAAAUUUUCAU